GAUGAUAACAUUUUUUUUCACUUGAUCAGUGAUCAGGCUAAAGUAACAUUAUCGUAAUCAACCACCACCACCACCACUGCCUAAUACAAACUUCCUCCUCCUCCUCUCUCUCUCUCUCUCUUUUAAUUCUUCUUUAUGUUGACCCUACUCAGACGAUCAUCACCAUCACCAUAAUCUCCAUCAUCGUUAUCACCACUGUCUCUCUCUCUCUCUCUCAUUCUUUUGUCAUCGUCAUCAUUUCCAUCCCUUGUUACUUAUCCUAAAUCUCACAAGUGACAUUUUCAUCUCGGUCCAGUUCAGUUUACUUGUUCCUCCUUCGAACCCUAAGUGACCUAUCAUUUACCAUCUCUAUCCCACUCUACCUCCUCCUCUACCACAGUCCAACAAUGAAUACUGUCUCACCGUUCCUAUAUCCACAAUUAUCACCAAAAACAAGUGAAAACUAAAUUAAACCAUCAUAACUGGAUUAACUUAUUAUUAAAUCGAUUCAACAACAAAAUCUUUUAUUAUUGAAAAUCAAAAAGUUUCCAAAAAGUUUUCUUCUCGUUCUUACCAUCAUAGUGAUCAAUUUUCUUAAUUAUCUAAGUGAAAAACUCGAAUCUAAAUUUGUUCCACUAAUCAAUUAACCUAUCAACUAAUAACGAAUCAACUUAAAUUUAAAACUAAUUCUUCUUAAUUGUUUAAAUCUUAAUCUACAUCAAAAUGCAUCAAACUGUUUCUCCAUAUUUAACUCAUAACUUUCAAGGAUAUUCAUACUUAGAUAGACGGACGGAUAACGGUGAUUACCAAUUCGAAGAUGUCUGGAAUUGUAACCUUAAUUCAGUGGCCUUAUUACCGCCGGUGACACAAGUAACUCACUCUCAUUCCUCAGGUUCACCUUCAUCAUCAAUCCCCUCGAGCUCAUCACCAUUUGAAACAACCUUUAUAUCAACUCCAACCUCUACUUUAUCAAACUACUCUACUGAUCCUGGUCAACCAUUUUCAUCAUAUUAUGUCAACUCUACAGGUACCACACCUUCAACAAAUAUAACCACCUCAACAUCACCAAUCAACCAAAGUUCAACACUUUGUGACGAUUAUGGUAUUACAACAAUAGUCCCUUUAACCGCAGUACCAAGUAUCACAUUAUCUUCAUCAACAACAUCCUCCUCAUCAUCUCCUGAUGGAGGUAAAACUGAUAAGGAUGCUACAAACACCAAUAUAAGAUCAUCAUCAUCAUCAUCAUCAACAGUGACAACAAUACCAACAAAUACCCUGACCGUUGUUGUUGAUAAUCACAAUUCAACAGGAACAGUAAAAGUAACUGGAAACUUUUACGAUAACAUCCUCAGUAAUCAUGUUUACCCUGUUAAUUGUAACAAUGAAAUUACCUCUGGUAACUUAACCCACCUUGCUGAUGAUGCUAAUAUUGUUAAUUGUGGAUCGAGUUCUGUUUCCUCAGCAGUUGCAACUGCAUCUUCAAUCAUUGAGAAUGGUUUCUCACCUUAUUGCCACAAUCAUGAAACAAUUAACUUCUAUCCAACGGAUAACAUUUCAAUUGAAAAUUUAAAUGAACAAGAACAAGCUUCAGCAUUUUUUGAUCAUCCAACAUCUUCAGGUCUGAAUGGUUCAAUUUGGCCUGGUGAAAAUGUUCACCACAAUCACACUUAUACUACACCGAUUUCAUCGCCCUCAUCUCAGGUCGAUCAGCAUCAACAACCAUCAAAUUACCUUUACCAUCACCAACAUCAAGCUAAUCCAGCGCACCUUCAACCUCAAUACCAACAGCAACAUAUAAGCUUAAGACAACAAUUCGCCAUGAAUGGUGGCAGAUCAUCAUCUCGAGGUUCCAAGGGAGAUGUAAGCCGAUCAAGCGGUUUCAGCGAUACAUCAGAUGAUGAUCGCUCGAUAACCCGAGAUGAGAAACGAGCGAAAGCUUUAAACAUCCCAAUCCCUGCUGAAGAUAUCAAUCUACCGAUAGAUGAAUUCAACGAACGCCUAGCGAAAUAUGAUCUUAACGAAGCUCAACUUUCACUUAUUCGAGAUAUUCGUCGGCGAGGUAAAAAUAAAGUCGCAGCUCAAAAUUGUCGUAGACGUAAAAUGGAUCAAAUAAUAGAUUUACAAAGUGAAGUGGGUCGAUUAUAUUCACAGAAAAAAACUUAUGAAGUUCAACGAGAACAACUUUUAGCCUUAAGGCAUUUAGCUCAAGAAAAAUACACAAAACUUUACAAUUUCAUUGUUUCCACCUCUGGGUGUCCAUCUACUCUAGCAAACUACACCAACAUUGAGAACAAUUAUUCAACACCCUUGUCAUCAACUUCCAAUUAAUUAUACAUGUUAAUUAAAUCUUUAUUUCAACACAUUC